CAAGAACCAAUGCUGAACACCAAACUACUCGCAAGCAGCUUGGUUAAUUUACAAAUGCAACCUACUAGCAGGACAUCACGUUCAAUCUUAAUCGUGUUUCUAAUAUCAAACCAUCCGAUUCAAUCACAAGCUAUUCUAGUUACUACAAUGGUUUGCCCGAUGAAAACAGAGUGGUUUAUUAAAACGGCAGCGUUUUGGGCUCCAAAAUGUAGGUCCUUUUUGGCGCUCUCAGCCUGGGUCAAUCCAAAAAGUUCGAGAAGCCACUGGAUUUUUCACCACUGUCUACUUCUUCUUCCACCAUACACCCUACUCCAUUAACGCAUUCAACGCUCCUUCUAUCUGAAACUUAAGUUAUUACCAAACACUCGCGCUUCUUCUUCUUUAGCCUGCAACCGGAAUCAUGUUCGGCGUCGUUUUCCCCAACCGGAGCUUUCCCCUGGAUAUAUCCGCCUUCUCUCAAAUCGACACCUUUCACUGGGUACUUGACAUGAACACCUUCGUAGGCGAAGCAUACGAUCAAAUCCGUGAAAUCUGCAUAUUCCUCUUAAACAACUUCACUCUCCCACCAGAUAAAGCCCUAGCCGUCUACAUCCAAUCCCCCGGCUCACCCUUCCAAUUCUGCGGCGCCGUAACUAUAGCACGCCCCUCCGCUGUUCUCUCCCUCAAUUGGCCGGAGCCUGGCGGAGGCCAACUACAACUCACCGCACCGGAUUCCGCUCCCUUGUCUGCUAAAAUAGGCGUUUCCGUUGAGGACUUGGCUUCCUUGCCGUCGUUGGAUGUGGUUGCUGAAAAGAGAAUCGAACGGCUUGCAAUGAAAGUAGGAGAGAAUUUGUUUAAUUAUAUGCAGUCGUUUUGUGGCGUUGAUGGAAGUAAAUUGAUUGUGCCUAUGGAUAUAUUAGACCAUUGGUUUAAAAAGUUUCAAGAUAAGGCUAAACGUGAUCCUGAUUACUUAAAAGGCUUCGAUUUGUAAUUUUUUUAGUUAUUAUUAUUGUAUCUUUUGUAUCAUUUUGAUAAAUUUUGAGGAAUCGAAUUGUAGUUUUUUGAA